UCUCAUCUCCAGCCCUGGCAUCUGCCCGAGGAGCCUCGCCCGUCUUCUCCGGGAGGCUCUGGGGCUCUGUUGACAAUCAUGCGCGGGAGGCAGCUCGUCUGUUGGCACCUGCUGGCUUUGCUUUUCCUCCCGUUUUGCCUCUGUCAAGAUGAAUACAUGGAGGUGAGCGGAAGAGCUAAGAAAGUGGUGGCGAGAAUAGUGCAAAGCCACCAGCAGACUGGCCGUAGCGGCUCCCGGAGGGAGAAAGUGAGAGAGCGGAGCCAUCCUAAUACUGGGACUGUGGAUAAUAACACUUCUGCAGACCUAAAAUCCCUGAGACCGGAUGAGCUACCGCACCCUGAGGUAGAUGACCUAGCCCAGAUCACCCCAUUCUGGGGCCAGUCUCCACAAACCGGAGGACUGCCCCCAGACUGCAGCAAAUGUUGCCAUGGAGAGUACAGUUUCCGAGGCUACCAAGGACCCCCUGGACCGCCCGGACCCCCUGGCAUUCCAGGAAACCAUGGGAACAAUGGCAAUAAUGGAGCCACUGGCCAUGAAGGGGCCAAAGGUGAGAAAGGAGACAAAGGUGACCUGGGGCCACGAGGGGAACGGGGGCAGCAUGGCCCCAAAGGAGAGAAGGGCUACCCAGGGAUUCCCCCGGAACUGCAGAUUGCAUUCAUGGCUUCUCUGGCAACUCACUUCAGCAAUCAGAACAGCGGGAUUAUCUUCAGCAGCGUUGAGACCAACAUUGGAAACUUCUUUGACGUCAUGACUGGUAGAUUCGGGGCCCCAGUAUCAGGUGUGUAUUUCUUCACCUUCAGCAUGAUGAAGCACGAGGAUGUUGAAGAAGUAUAUGUGUACCUCAUGCACAAUGGCAAUACAGUCUUCAGCAUGUACAGCUAUGAAACAAAGGGGAAAUCGGACACAUCCAGCAACCAUGCAGUACUGAAGCUGGCCAAAGGGGAUGAGGUUUGGCUGAGAAUGGGCAAUGGCGCUCUUCAUGGGGACCAUCAGCGCUUCUCUACCUUUGCAGGCUUCCUGCUCUUUGAAACCAAAUAAAUAUAUGAAUAGACCAGCUCUACUUUUGGGAAGACUUAUGGCUAAGCUGGUAUUGGUAUGAGCUGAAGGACAUUAGAGUUGAGGGUUCUACUCAGGAGCUCAGAAGAAGAAUCCACAAAAUUGUCUUCCCAAGUGACCUUGACUAAUAUACUCAGCACCUUUACUCUUCCCUAGGCACCUAAAAAAAAUUCCCUUCUUGAUAUAGGUUGGAAAUAAUUUUCCUCAUCAAAGAACUCAUUUGCAAAGAAUUUGGCUACUCCGUUUUUAAUUUAAUAGCAACUUUCGGGAAUUCCUGAGGUUUGAGGCUCAUCAUUCUUUAUAACGUUUCAAGGAAUAGGGUGCAGUGAUUAUGAUGGAGCCAGCAGGAGCAAGGGCACUUGCCAGGACCAAGUUACCAGAAACAUUUGUAAAGCCUAGACUGGGAAGUAACACUUUGAUCCAGUGGGUCAAUUUUUAUGAAUGAAGUAUAGAUAUUUUUAGUAACUCUAGAUAGCUUUAGAUAGGAAAAGUAUUCAUAAUGCCCAUAAAUAAUGGACUCCUCCUUUUUUAUAAGGAUACUGCUGUAAUUAAAUCUGGAUUUGUAAUGGCUUGUAUUUUUGGAUAUAAAAUUUUCUCAUGAUCCAAAAUUGAGUUUAUCAGGUCUGACUUAUUAUAUUGACUUUUUUUCCAUUGAGUUUCUUAGAUUAAAAUAGAUCUUUGUUGGUUCUGGCCUGCAGAACCAGUUGAGGUGAGCUUAGAUCCACAUAUACAGAUACAUGUGAAGUUCUCUCUCAAUUUAGAAAUUACCCCAAUAAACUUUACACACACUGACAUGUCAUUUCAAGGAAAUGUAAACUCAGUUAUAUACAGUCAAACUAAUGGAUGCAAAAUACAAGGGCAUUCCAUUUAGAAGACAUAAAAUAAAAUCUCUUAACCUUUUCAAAAAUAAAAAAUGAUAUGACUUCUUUGAUUACCAUAUUUAAGCAACAUUUAUAAAGCAGCUGUGCUCCUUGACUUUUGCCUAUCCCUCCCCAAAAGGGAUAAGUUCAGAAGAUAGUACCCCAAACUGGUUUCGUUUAAGCAAAGAAAGUAUCAUUGGAAUAUGUGUUUACCCUGAGGUCAAAUUACAUUUAAAAGGCACUAGAGAGAUGCCUUUCUGACAAAUAUCACUUAAUGAAUUCCCUUGGAAGCAAUUAGCCCUUGACUAAUUUUCUGUAACAAUUUUAAUUUCCACAAAAGCUUUUAAACUGUGGGUUUAAUUGUAUUGAUUACCCCCUACAGCUGGAAGCAGAGAGAAUUAAGUAAGGCUGCCCUAUUAACUAACUUAGUGGUCUCCUUGCUCCGUUCUUUGACCCUUUCUUUUGAUCUAUAAAUAUUUUAAAACUUUUUUCCUGACCAAUACAAGCAAUGCUAUUUUAAAGUGACUGGAUAUUAGCCAAAAUGUGCUUGACUGGUUGAUAAUGUCUUCGUGAUUUUGUGUGUAUGUUCCCUGCCAUCCCUAGAGCUGUGGGUGUUGAGGUUUACUAUUUCUAAACAUCAUAAAUAUUUUGUAAAAGUGUAUUGCCAAUAGAUAUUUGAAUUUUGCAUGUUGCCCAAAGAGAUUUCAUUUCUAAAGAACACAUACCAUUAACAAACUGCCUUAGAAGAAGACAUUGGCUUAGCUUUAGAUACAACUAAGGCAAGAAAAAUGUAAAAGCAUUGUGUGGAAACAAACAUACUUUUGUUAAAUGUACUGUUUUAUAAGGUCCUUAAUAAAGUUGAAUAGCCAUUUGAUUGUAAA